AUGGACUCGACAUUGUCGGCGACAGCCUCUGGUAGGAUCAAGAGGAAGCAGUCUGGCAACAAGUCCAAAACUCUCCCUUGCCCGCACUGUCAACGUCUCUUUGCUCGCCUGGAACACCUUCAGAGACACAUUCGUACACAUACCAAGGAGAAGCCUUUCAUCUGCGAAAUCUGCUCAAAGACUUUCGCACGAAGCGACCUGCUUGUCCGUCACGAGAGGCUCGUCCAUCCAGGCGAAGAAGAUCAGCAUACCACAAGAAAAUCCCACAAACAUCAUGUUCAGAAGUUCAACGAUACUGCGCAUGUGGCUCAGCCACAGCCAGCUCAUCAGCCCUCUUCUGAUCCCAUGGACAUUACUUCCCAGCAGAGUCAACCCAUGAUGUCGCCUCAAGCUACCCAUGAAGCGCGAGGCAUGAUGGAUAUGCUCGAUCCACAGCUCAUGCAACCUACCAAUGGUAUUUCGUCACAGCAACAACCCGUCAUGGGCGCACCUCCUCUCGAUCCUUCUUGGGGCUAUGAUUUAAAUCUCCUCUCUCAUGCUGCAAGCCAUGUAGCUUCAAGUGGUCAAGAUCAUUACAUGGCCAAUCUGCCCCAGGUGUCUCAUGAACAAAUGCACGAGCCUCUACAGCAGAUAAUGCCUGUUGUCUCAGAAGCGCAGUAUCAGCCUCGAAUGCUCACAGAGGGAUACGGCCAUCCGACGCCUAUGUUUGAGCCUCCUGAUCUUGGUGAUCCUAUGCAGGACUUCACUGUCUUCCUUGAUAGCGUGGGCCUAUCUUCCGAAUGGUAUGCCAAUAUGUUUGGAAAUGAUCAGGUAGAAUCUUAUCAGUCGCCAGAACUCCGAGGCGACCACCUCAAUAUCUCCCGACCUCAUUUGAAUGGCGAACAUCCACCGGAUGCCAAACUUGGCGUACCACAAGAUGAAACCGGCACCUUUUCUCGAUUCGGCUCGCGACUACCAUCCCUUCAACCAGAGUCCAAAGAUCCUGACGCGAAGCCAUCGGACCCUCGAAAUGCCGCCAUAGAAGAAAUCGAAGCUGCUAAGGUUAGAACAAAUUGGGACGUCUCUGACUCCGACCGACAGGUAUUUGCAACCAAAUUGGCGACCUUUGACACUGUUAUGCCCAAAGGUUUUAUUCCACCCUCACGGCAUUCACUCUCCCGAUAUCUAGCCGGCUACGUUAAUGGCUUCCACGAGCACUUGCCCUUCAUUCAUGUUCCCACUUUGCAAGUUGCCGGCAGCGCACCCGAGUUGAUCCUCGCUUUAGCUGCUGUUGGUGCACAAUAUCGUUUUGAGAAUAGUCGAGGCAUUGAGCUGUUCUAUGCGGCAAAAGCUGUGGUGAUGGAACAAAUUCGGCGACGUGAUGAGCUAGCUCUUCCUCACUCAUGGAACAGACCAAGGACAGGCUCGACGGCUCAAUCACCACCGGGAGGUGGCUUCACCGCUCAGAGUCAUUCCAGCAGUCCAUUUCAAUAUGUUUCACCGGAUGAUGUGGUUCCCACUGAUACCAAGGAGCAAAUGGAUUCAAUUCAGGCACUUCUCCUGCUGAGCGCCUUCGCCACAUGGGAGAGACAUACUGAGUUGCUGCGUGAGGCUCUGGCUUUUCAGAGUAUUCUUGCACGUCUGGUGCGCGAAGCAGGUCUAAUAUCACCGGAAGUAUUACAACCUUCAGAGGAGCUGACUUGGGAGGACUGGAUCAGAACUGAAGGAGAGAAGCGGACCAAACUGAUUGUCUAUUGUUUCUUCAAUCUUCAUUCAAUCACCUGGAACAUCCCCCCACUCAUUCUGAAUUCCGAAAUCAAGCUCAAUCUUCCAGAUCCUGCAAACGAAUGGAAAGCUACGACCGCCGAACAGUGGCAGAAGCUGCAUCUAGCGAAUGCCUCACCGCCAAUAUCUUUUCAGACUGCGUUCUCUCGACUCUUCACCAAACAGAGUCAAACUCCUCCAACCCCGAUCUCACCGCUUGGAAACUAUGUCUUGAUCCACGCCGUCAUCCAACAGAUUUUUUUUGCCCGACAACUGUCGUUAGCUUGGCCAGGAGUUGCAGGAUCCAGUUUGAGAAUCGAGGACAUUUCGGUGCUAGAUCGUGGUCUGAGCUCUUGGAAGACAGGAUGGAGACGGACUCCGGAGUCGAGUCUCGAUCCCCAAAACCCCAAUGGCCCUGUCGCCUUCACAUCGACAGCUCUACUGGGAUUGGCUUAUAUCAGACUGCAUGUUGACAUGGGACCAUUACGGCAUCUAGAGACGAGAGAUGCCACACAGAUUGCCACUUCAUUGCUCAACACCCCAGACAUACGUCGUGACCCUCGUCUGACGCCAGCAUUACUGCAUUCGGCACACGCACUGUCAAUACCGGUGCGCCUAGGAAUUGAUUUUGUCGCACGCACUCAAACAUUUUUCUGGUCGAUACAGCAUUCUCUCUGCAGUCUCGAGUGUGCAUUCCUUCUGUCGAAAUGGCUUGCUAUUCUGUCCCGACUCGAGACAGAGGGCGGGCCUCCAGUCACAGAACACGAACGUAAACUUCUUUUGUGGGUCCGGAGUCUAUUGGACGAGACAGAGAUGACGAUUCCCUUGGACGGUGAUGCAAAUGACCACACGCUUUUGCACGAAUCACGAGAAUUACUUGCCGACACUCAGAAGAUGAAGGCGUUAUCGGUUGCCGUUGUUCGAGUGUGGAGCAAGACAUUCAAGGGCAAUACUAGCUGGGCAAUUGUCGACAUGAUUGGCAGCGCACUGGAGUUGUAUGCCAAUAUGUUGGAGCAAGAACUUCUCGAACAGUGA